AUGGCUUGGGGAGGUGAACCUAUCGGCAAUAUGAAGCAUGUUGAGGAUGACGUCUCGAGGUCCAAGGAGGAGAUUUGCUCUCUAUGGGGGUUGUAUCAGAACCCUCGGCCGUACAAUAUUUUGUGGAACGGCGAACUAAAACGGGCCCUAAUUAUUGACUUCCAUUGUUCUGAAUUGGAUCCACGACCGGUGGAAAAGCGGCCAGUGAAAAAGCGGCCGAGUUAUCGUCGAAGUUUAACCGUGGGACAGAGGCUCCGGGGCCGAAACGACUUCAUGCGGUCUACAAAUGAUGACAAUGGGGAACAUAGGGAUUGA